GUUGACUUAUUUAAGCCAACGAACUUUAGAUCCUUUCCCAUGUCUCAGCAGCCAACUACAAACUUUUAUGGAGAGAGAGAAAGAUAGAUCGUGGCCAAAAUAAGAAAAGACUCUUGGAAAUAGUCCUAAUCUGAAGCUUCUCUACACGUUAACGAGAAGAAAAAAAAAAGAAAGGUAUAUUUUCUUGGUGCAUCAUCUUCUUCUCUGCUCUCAAAAGUCAAGGCUACAUUCACUUGAUGUCUGCAUUGCAUCGGCAAAUUUAUGCAUGGAAAUAGUGAGUCGUGGGAGAGAUGAUGAUGCAAUGUUUAGAUGGAUUAAAGCACUUAUCCUUAAUUCUGUUGACUUGUUGUGAUGCUGAUCCUCCCAAGGGUCGUCAGAACCCUAAGGAUGUGGCUAGAGGCACUGUGUUUACUGUGAAUGAAAUUGAAGCUCUUUACGAACUGUUCAAGAACAUUAGCAAAGACGGGCUUAUCGAUAAGGAACAUUUUCAAUUCGUACUAUUCAAGAUGAACACAACAAGAAGCCUUUUUGCUGAUAGGGUGUUCGACUUAUUUGAUACCAAGCAUACUGGGAUUCUAGAUUUUGAAGCCUUUGCUCGUUCUCUUUCCGUCUUUCACCCCAACGCUGCAUUUGAGGAUAAGAUUGAGUUUUCUUUUAAGCUGUAUGAUCUGAAGCAGCAAGGGUCUAUAGAGCGACAGGAGGUGAAGCAAAUGGUGGUGGCGACUCUAACUGAAACUGGCAUGAAUCUUUCUGAUUAUGUGAUUGAGAGCAUCAUAGACAAGACUUUUGAAGACGCUGAUACUAAAAAGGACGGCAAGAUCGAUAAGGAAGAGUGGCGGACUCUUGUAUUGCGCCAUCCCUCUCUGAUACAAAACAUGAGCCUUCAACAUCUCAAGGACGUAACGAAGACGUUUCCAAAUUUUGUAUUUCACACUAUAGUGUCAGACAAUCCUAGUGAGCUGGAGGCAUAUGGAUGUUCAGGGAUAUGAAGAAAGGACCAAAAACUUUAUAAGAUUCAUUCUUUCUCCUAUAUUUCUUCUCCAUUAGUCCAUUAUUUUUAACAAGAUCACAAACGUUUUGAAAACUACAUUGUCUCUUCACAGGUUUGUUAUCCGCAAACUUGUCCCGUUAUCUUAUCUGUUGGAUUGUGCAAGUUGAUAAUUUUACUUGGCAUUAAGAGAUUAUGAUAUCCUUCUAUGUAUGUAUAAACUUUGUUUUCACACCAAUCUAAUUGUACCUGAAAA